AUGAAGCCUUCUGCGCAGUCAGGGCGGGGCCAGGCCGUGCACAGGCAGGUCGACCCGGAGACAGAGACCAGCACAGGGGAGCCCAGACUUAAAUUCAACGACGACAUCAAACCAGGACCCAACCUACAACGCUGUGAGCCUCUGUCGGGCAGAUCCACGGAGAGCAGACGCAGAGAGUCCAUUGUCAAAACCUCAAACUGGAAAAGAAACAAAAACCCACUCUCUCCGGUCUCCACGCUCCAAGAAGCUUUUGGAGGAGAGGCCAUGUCCACUCUUCUGCGCUGCGUGUCGUCUUCUGCCGCGCUCCUUCGGCACGGCAAGCGGCUGAGACUUUCCACCAAGAGACAGUUCAGGACCUUUCCAGUCUUAUGGGACCAAAGCGUUUCCAAAGGGGUCCCAUACAAAGACCUGGUGGUGGGCGUCCCAAAGGAGACCCUGCUGAAUGAGCGGCGUGUGGCCCUGUCCCCGGCCGGAGUGCAGGCUCUGGUCAAACAGGGCUUCCAGGUGCAGGUGGAGUCUGGAGCCGGAGAUGCCUCGCAGUUCUCAGACCAGCUGUACAGAGACGCGGGGGCCUCCAUCACGGACGUCUCUGGUGCGCUGGGGUCAGACCUGGUCCUCAAGGUGCGGGCCCCCACUCUCCUGGAGGUGGAUCUGCUGAAGCCCAAGUCCACCCUGGUCAGCUUCAUUUACCCGGCUCAGAACCAGGAGCUCAUGUCCAAACUGUCAGAGCGUCAGAGCACGGUGCUCGCCAUGGACCAGGUGCCGCGCGUCACCAUCGCACAGGGAUACGACGCACUCAGCUCCAUGGCUAACAUCGCCGGGUACAAGGCGGUAAUUUUGGCUGCAAACCAUUUUGGUCGCUUCUUUACCGGACAGAUCACAGCGGCUGGAAAAGUCCCUCCAGCCAAAGUGUUGGUCAUCGGAGGUGGAGUUGCAGGUUUAGCCGCAGCAGGAGCCGCUAAAUCCAUGGGAGCCAUCGUGAGGGGCUUUGAUACCAGACCGGCGGCCCUGGAGCAGUUCAAGUCGUUUGGCGCUGAGCCUCUGGAGGUGGACAUAAAGGAGUCUGGUGACGGAGUGGGAGGCUACGCCAAAGAGAUGUCCCCAGAGUUCAUUGCGGCGGAGAUGGCCCUGUUUGCCAAGCAGUGCAAAGAGGUGGACAUCCUCAUCAGCACCGCGCUGAUCCCAGGAAAACCUGCUCCGCUCUUGAUCAAGAAGGAGUUUGUGGAGUCCAUGAAGGAGGGCUCUGUGGUGGUGGAUCUGGCGGCUGAAGCCGGAGGGAACAUUGAGACGACCAAACCAGGAGAGCUGCACGUCUACAAGGGCGUGACCCACAUCGGCUACACUGACCUCCCCAGCCGGCUGGCGACUCAGGCCAGCACUCUGUACUCCAACAACGUGCUGAAGCUCCUCAAAGCCAUCAGUCCAGACAAGGAGGUGUUCCACUACGAACCUGUGGAGGAGUUUGACCACGGCACCCUCGACCACGUCAUCAGGGGAACCAUCGUCAUGAAGGAGGGCCAGAACAUGUUCCCUGCUCCUCUGCCCAAGACUGUUCCUGCGGCUCCAGUCAAAGCAAAGUCAGUCGCUGAGAUCGAGAAGGAAAAAGCUGCUUCUGUUUCUCCCUUCAACAAAACCAUGACAUCUGCCAGUAUUUACACUGCAGGCAUCUCCACUUGUCUGGGCCUGGGUCUCGUGUCGCCAAACGCUGCCUUCACUCAGAUGGUCACCACGUUUGGUUUGGCCGGGCUCGUGGGCUAUCACACUGUGUGGGGAGUCACUCCGGCUCUGCACUCGCCACUCAUGUCUGUCACCAACGCCAUCUCUGGUCUGACUGCGGUGGGAGGUCUGGUGCUGAUGGGAGGAGGUCUGACUCCCUCCUCGUUACCGGAGAGUCUGGCUUUGGGGGCAGCGUUCAUCUCCUCCAUCAACAUUGCAGGUGGUUUCCUGAUCACUCAGAGGAUGUUGGACAUGUUCAAGCGGCCCACAGACCCUCCAGAGUACAACUACCUCUACGCUCUCCCUGGAGCCGCGUUCGUCGGUGGAUACGGAGCUUCAGUCGCCGCUGGUUACAGCAUAGAGCAGAUGAUGUACCUGGGCUCAGGCCUGUGCUGCGUGGGGGCUCUGGCCGGUCUGUCGGCUCAGGGCACCAGCCGUCUGGGGAACGCCCUGGGGAUGAUGGGAGUGGCCGGUGGAAUCGCUGCGACGCUUGGAGCCCUCAAACCCUCUCCUGAACUGCUGUCCCAGAUGUCCAUGGCCAUGGCAACCGGAGGAACUCUGGGCAUGACUAUUGCAAAGCGCAUUGAGAUCACGGACCUACCUCAGCUGGUGGCGGCCUUCCACAGUCUCGUGGGUCUGGCCGCGGUGCUCACGUGUGUCGCAGAGUACAUGAUCGAGUUCCCGCACCUCGAGGCUCACCCGGCCGCUGGCAUGAUCAAAACUGUGGCCUACCUCGGCACUUACAUCGGGGGAGUCACCUUCAGUGGCUCCCUGGUCGCCUAUGGGAAACUGCAAGGCCUCCUGAACUCCGCUCCUCUGAUGCUGCCUGGUCGACAUGCCAUGAACGCAGGUCUGAUGGCGGCCUCUAUGGGCGGCAUGAUCCCCUUCAUGCUCACCAACAGCUACAACACAGGGAUGGGCUGUCUGGUCGGAGUGUCCGGUCUCUCCACGGUCAUGGGUGUCACGCUGACUAUGGCCAUAGGGGGCGCUGACAUGCCUGUGGUUAUCACGGUCCUGAAUAGUUACUCUGGCUGGGCACUCUGUGCUGAAGGCUUCCUCCUGGACAACAACCUCAUGACCAUCGUGGGAGCGCUGAUUGGCUCGUCCGGAGCCAUCCUCUCCUACAUCAUGUGUGUGGCCAUGAACCGCUCCCUGCCCAACGUCAUCCUGGGAGGCUACGGCACCACGUCCACCGCUGGAGGGAAGCCCAUGGAGAUCGUGGGCACGCACACUGAGGUCAACGUGGACCAGACCAUCGACAUCAUCAAGGAGGCCAACAGCAUCAUCAUCACCCCAGGACUCUCUAAAGUCCUACAGGCACUGCUCUGGAUGAAAAGCAGAAAUUCAAAAUGUAGACAUUGA